GACGUUUCGACUCUUGCAGUUCGGCGAUAUGGCUAACGUUAGAUAACGGGAUGAACAUCUUUUAUUAAACGUAGAAUUAAACAAAAACCAGCAGGAUACAAGUGGGAGUCAGAACAAGGACAAGAUGUUGGAGUCUUAUGUCACACCGCUCCUGAUGAGCUAUGUAAACAAGUACAUCAAGAAUCUGAAGCCAUCUGACCUGCAGCUCUCUCUGUGGGGCGGUGAUGUGGUGCUGAGCAAGCUGGACUUGAAGUUGGAUGUACUGGAGCAGGAGUUGAAACUGCCUUUUACAUUCAUGAGUGGUCAUAUCCAUGAGCUACGUAUCCAUGUACCUUGGACCAAGCUGGGCUCAGAGCCUGUAGUUAUCACCAUCAACACCAUGGAGUGCAUCCUGAAGCUAAGGGAUGGCGCCCAGGAUGACCACGAAAGUGGCUCUAGUUCCACCAGUCGCAGUGUCUCAGACAGCUCCAAGGCUGUGGCCAAGCCCCGUCGCCUACAGCAAGCUGCCCCGAGUGACCCAGACCUGCCUCCAGGCUAUGUCCAAAGUCUGAUCAGACGUGUGGUGAACAACGUGAACAUUGUGGUGAACAACCUGAUCCUUAAGUAUGUGGAAGAUGAUAUUGUGCUGUCAGUCAACAUCACCUCAGCAGAGUGCUACACAGUGGAUGAUUUAUGGGAAAGAGCCUUCAUGGACAUUACUGCUCCAGAGUUGGUCCUAAGGAAACUGAUCAACUUUGCUGACUGCACCGUGUGUUUGGACAAACGGAAUGCUAGCGGCAAAAUUGAGUUUUACCAGGACCCGCUCUUGUACAAAUGCUCCUUCAGAACACGCCUCCAUUUUACAUAUGACAACAUCAACUCUAAGAUCCCAUCUGUCAUAAAAAUCCAUACCAUGGUGGAGAGCCUGAAGUUGUCCAUUACCGAUCAGCAGCUACCCAUGUUUAUACGAAUCUUGGAGCUAAUCAUUGCUCUUUACUAUGGGGAAAUCGGAGGACACAAAGAGGAUGAGGGUGAAGAAGGCAAUGGGCAUGCAAGGGAUUCUGGAGCAAGUUUACCUGGAAUGGAUGUAGACAUGGAAAGGCGAUCUAGCCAAGACCUCUACAUACAGUCUGGUAAUCCUGACGAAGCAAACCAAGGUUGGGUGUCCUGGGCUUGGUCCUUCGUUCCAGCCAUUGUAAGCACAGAGGAAGAAGGAGAGGAUGGUCUCUACCAGCAGCGAGAGAUGGGAAGCAUCCCCAACAGCUCCCAACACCACACACCCAAAGACCCCAUUGUUUCCAUAGGCUUCUACUGCACCAAAGCUUCUGUUACCUUCAAGUUGACAGAGACCCAGUCAGAGAGUAGCUACUAUAGUCCUCAAAAGGUCAAAUCCAAGGAAGUCCUGUGUCUCGAGCAAGAGGGAAUCACGAUUGAGGUGCUCAUGAUGGGGGAGCCCUUCUUUGAUUGCCAAAUCGGUUUUGUGGGAUGUCGGGCACUUUGCCUGAAAAGCAUCAUGGGUGUACGAGAUUUUGAAGAAAACAUGAGCCGCCGUGAAGAGGAUGCAGUGUUCUUCAGCUGUGGGGACAGUCUCAGUAGUAAAGGAAUGACGUAUCUCACCAACUCUCUUUUUGACUAUCGGAGCCCAGAGAACAAUGGAGUCAGAGCUGAGUUUAUCUUGGAUGCUGCUAAUCACAAGGAGACCUAUACAGAGAUAGCGGGCAUGCACCGUUUCGGUGCUUUCUACAUGGAUUAUCUCUACACAAUGGAGGACAGCAGUAGCAAAGGCUCUCAGGAUUUCUCUGGGAUGAGCAUGGAAGAGGUAGUGCCUGCAGUUCAAGAGACAUCCAUCAAGAGGCUGGCGGUAGGACCUUUAGACAUCAGGUUGCAUAGCAGCGCCAUCCAUCGCAUUCUCAAGAUGGUCACCUGUGCCAUGGACCACGAGUAUGAACCCUACUGCAAAGCGCAGCGAGAAAUGACUGAAGAGAACAGUGGUCCAGCUACUCCAGAAGAGAUCUCACAUUUGGAGGAAUUCAUCCCAACUCGACUCACUUGUCUCACUCUGUUCCAAGUCUCAGUCACUGUUUCAAUGGCAGAGUUCAACCUCCUACAUACACUAAUGCCUGUCAUCAUGGGACACAAGGUGGCACCAUGUCUGGUCUCUGUGGCAGAAUUCCAGCCAGUGCGCCCACUACCUUCAGUACAGUUCCAAGUGGAAAGGGUGAACUUUGAACACUCUGUGCCAAUGUAUGCCCCAGAGCUGGUAACCACUGUCAGCAGUCUCAGCCAGCCUUCUGACAACCUGCUACAUCACUGCUAUGCACACCUCUACCUUAAGGUGUUUGGGUUCCAGGCAGGGUUGACAUGCCAGGAUAAAGGAUCUUUUCUACCUCUCAUCCCCAUCAUCCCUUCGUUUAGUACAGCACUCUAUGGAAAACUGAUUCAGCUGCCUGCAUUGUGGAGCAAAAGGUCUUCAGUCCCCACCACAGAGUUUAUUUUUGAACUUCCCCACUUCACUAUACAGGCCACAAGGGCCCAGACACUUUUGCUCCAAACAAUCUGUCAGAGCUGGACCCACAGCAUGGUCAACGGAGCGCCAGUGACACUUAAUGAAAGUCUGCUUACUGAAGUGUACAAGGCUCCAGGUGUGAAAUAUCCAGGCCCGUCACCGACUCUCGAAGGCUCGGUCCAAAACCUGGAGCUGAAGUUCUGCAGCCGUGCGACGGUGAAAUGUGCCUCAGGAACCGUGGGAGCUGUAAAAGUGUGCGCCAGGACCCCAGGUUCAGGAGAGGGAGUGAAGGAGAAGCUGGUUCCUCUGAUUCAAGGUCCAUCUGACACUAAAGAACUACAUAUGAGCCGCUGGCUUAAUGAGAUUCGCAAGCCUGAAUCUUUGCUGGCCCCUGACCUGCUGGCAUUUUCUAUUCAGGUCCCUCAGCAAGGAGAUGAUUGCAGGAACUCAGUGUCACUGCGAGGCCUGGAUUUUGGACAAGCAGAAGAUUCCUGUCCAGGUGCAGACACUAAAUUCAGCCGGCUUCUCCACACACGGAGAGAUGGAUGACUUGGCUGCAUGUGUGGUGCGCUGCAUGCAGUAGGCCGGAAUUCAUGGAGGCCUGUUACCUUGUACUGAAAAUUGGAUAUGACUGUGUGCUUAUUAAAGACAGGAAAUAAAAGCAGGUGUUUUUUUCAGUA